AUGUCCGGCUGGCAGGAUUACGUGGAUAUGCUGAUGGCCGAUGGCAGCUGCCAAGAGGCCGCCAUUGUCGGUUACGUGGACGCCAAAUACGUCUGGGCGACGACCCCCGGGGGCUUCUUCCAGACCCUGACGGUAAGAGAGGAGCUGGGGGUCUUCUCCUCUAUGCCAUGUCCUGUGCACCUGCCUAGGGGGCAAAUAACGGGCAGCAACCCCCCACUCAACACCACUACCGUAAUACCCACUUAUUAUACCCCCACUCACCAUCACUACCUUAAUACCCACUUACUAUGCCCCCACUCACCAUCACUACCUUAAUACCCACUUAUUAUGCCCCCACUCACCAUCACUACCUUAAUACCCACUUAUUAUGCCCCCACUCACCAUCACUACCUUAAUACCCACUUACUAACCCCUUACCACUCACCAUCACUAUACCCACUUAUUAUGCCCCCACUCACCAUCACUACCUUAAUACCCACUUACUAUGCCCCCACUCACUGCAUCACUACCUUAAUACCCACUUAUUAUGCCCCACUCACCAUCACUACCUUAAUACCCACUUAUUAUGCCCCCCCACCACCACUACCUUAAUACCCACUUAUUGUGCCCCACUCACCAUCACUACCUUAAUGCCACUUAUUAUGAUCACCAUCACUACCUUAAUACCCACUUAUUAUGCCCCCACUCACCACCACUACCGUAAUACCCACUUAUGCCCCCACUCACCAUCACUACCUUAAUACCCACUUAUUAUGCCUCUACUCACCAUCACUACCUUAAUACCCACUAAUUAUCCCCUCGCUCAAGAUCACCACCUUAAUACCCACUUAUUAUGCCCCCACUCACCAUCACUACCUUAAUACCCACUUAUUAUGCCUCUACUCACCAUCACUACCUUAAUACCCACUAAUUAUGCCACUCACUCAAGAUCACCACCUUAUUACCCCCUAACUAACCCUCCCUACUUUAAUAUCUACUUAUUGCCCCCUCAGUCACCAUCACCACCUUAUGGCCCCUUCAGUCACCUUAUUACACCCACUGUACUGCCUACAAGGAGGCCAAUAAAGCAAUAUAGACCCAGCACUCUCUGGACUGCAGCUCCCAUGAUGUCCAGCCAGCCAUCACCAGCUGAUAUCAUGGUAAGUGUAGUCCAGGGCAGCUGGGGUGCCAUGGGUCAGCCAUUGCUGCGGUCAGAGGAGGAAAAUGUGGGGGUUCUAUUCAUGGAAUGUUAUAAUGUGUGAUCAUCAUCUUCUGUCAUAAUCCGUUAUCCCAGAGCCUGCAGCUCCCUAGAGCGGUAUUUCUAGUUAUGGAUGGAGGGUAUAUUAUUUCUCCAUAUCAUAUGACGGCUCUUUUUAUUAUUUUAUUCUUUACAUAGCGCCCAGUCACUGUCAGGUUGAGAUUUACGCACGUGACGUAACCGGCUUUCGUGAAUCCCGCCCCCCCAUCCUCCAUUCUCCAUGUUCUUCUGCAAGAUGGCGUGCUCCCAUUGAUUUUUUUUUUUUGAUUUUUUUUCCCCUUUUCUUCACUGUGGCUUUUGAGCUACAGGGGUUAAGGCACGAGGCCUUAUGUGACAUGUUCUAGAAGGUCUGUUCCAUAAAGAACUUAAUUCAUGGGAACACUGUCAAGGUUAUUAGUGUGGGGUGACAUACAAUUCAAUUAUAAAUUGUGAUUUAUUUUUCCCCCUUUUUUAAUAAGUGAUGAUAAUCUGUAUUCGUAAGGAACCCCCAGCAAAUAUGCCCUAAAUAGAACCUUGUGUAUACAACCCUAGCUUCUUUGUACUGACAGAGGCAUAAUUUUCAUAAAUUCAGCACUUCUGAUUUUGUGGUAUUUUGUUCAAUAUACCACAUAUUAGCUGCGUUUAGAAAGAGAAUGUCACACCAUUUCAAGGACAUGAGGUUGCUAGAAAGACAGACAUUUGAUUCAGAUGCAUUUCAUUAUUGUCCUUUCAAACAACUUUAACCAAAUGAGGAUUAACAUUUUGUGGAGUUGUUUUUAAAAUAUUAUAUGUAUAUUAGAUUGUAUUUAAAUAUUAGUCUGUCACACUUGGUCAGUCAUGUUUACUCCCCUCCCCCCCACAAAAUAUUCAUAUUUUGUUUAUAGUUGUUUCAGCUUCUAGGUCAAGUAAGCCUUUACUUUCCAAAAUAAUAUAAAAACAUGCAGUAACAGGCAGUAGGGAACAAUAGACACCCCCUCUCUAAAAUGAGCAUUUUGCAGUGUGUGUAUAAUUUGGCUAUGAUUCUGUUCAUACUGUGCUUUCUAUAAAUGUGAACUUUGCGUCAUAUUGUAGUUGGGGAUGGGGGAAAUAUAAUUAAGUUGGGGAAACCUGGUGUGUUUGUGUGUGUUUUUUUUUUAUUUAUUUAUUUUUUUCUCUCACACAUAAAUUGGAAUUUUAUGAAAGCAAACAUAGAGAGAAGCUUGAAUGUGUGUGUGAAAGUUAAGUAACUUUUUUUUUUUAAAUUUUACUUCUGUUGCUUCAUAAAGUAUGCAUUAUUAACUGACACAAAUAUCAUGAGGUGUUAGCCUCAUUUGAAUAUCAUCAUAUCAUAAAUGUGGUGAUUUUGAAUAGCAUUUUUUUUUUUCUCAUCUUGAGAAUGCAUCUCUCUUUAAUUCCUCUAAAAAAUGCAGAAAUUAUUGCUGCAGUAAAAUGUACAAUCAUGAAGUCUCAAUACCUAUAUCACUGUGCUUCUUCAAAUAAAAGCCUAAAACUCUACUUACAUUCCUGUUUUGCUUUUUUUAAAUUUAUUUUUCUUCCAGUUGCCAUUUUUAAAGGCACCUCUAGUUCAUUUACUCCCUGCCCCCUCAGUAGGUCCCAUUCAUUGUGGCAAACAAACAACAACAACCUAUUAGUUAUUCACACAAGUGAACAAUAGCCUAUAGCUGCACAGAGACUUAUGAAAAUGCUAAGGAUUGGUUAAGAUCUGACAUCUUUUAGUUGAAGAUGAUGUCACAGGGAAGGAUUGGAGCCUGGAAUCUGAAGGAAAUACUCCUACUCAAGUAUUGGGUAUUUUUGGUUAUAAUCAUAAAACUACAGUGGAUAUAAGGAAAGGCAAAACGGACAGUGUUGUCUUCAAAGAUGAUUAAAAUGCUAACUGUACCUUUUUUUUUUUUUUCUUCAAAUGCUCAUAUAGCCAAUAAAAUGUGUAUGGUAUCCUUUGCACAUUUUUGAAUAAAUGGCCCUUGUAUGAAGUAUCCAUAACUUGACUAAACUGGGAGUUGAGAAUUGACAUAGGAAAACUGGGAAUUGUGGAUGAUUUCCAAAUUGUAGGCCAAAAUAUCUUCAAUUUAAAAUAGAUGGGUUGGUGAUUCUACUGUCUAUUUUCCUAAAAUUUACACACACACUUCCUUCUGUCAAUUUUACACGAUUUCUUGUUUGGUGAAUGCACCACAUGUAUACACUUUUUUAUUGCAAAGAUUUACAGAUGCUUUGUGGCUGUAUUUCUGUACAAAAAAGAAAAGAAAAAGAAAAAAAAACACAUCCUACACAUUUUACUGACCUCUAAUAUGAGAUGUAGCAUAAAAUUUAGAUGAGAAAUAAAAAAUCUGUUCCAUGAGCACAAUGGCAAUUUGCACAUAGUUUGUAAAUAUGUUGUUUUACAGAAAAUGUGCAUGUGUGUAUAUAUGAAUGGUAACUUAAAGGGACACUAUAGUCACCAAAACAACGUUGGCUUAAUGAAGCAGUUUUGGUGUAUAGAUACUGCUCAAUUAUCUGUCAUGUAGGAGUUAAAUCACUUUGUUUAUGCAUCCCUAGUCACACCUCCCUCCAUGUGACUUACACAGUCUUCCUAAACACUUCCUGUAAACAAUCCUCUAAUGUUUACACUUCCUUAAUUGCAAAUUCUGUUUAAAUGAGAAUUUCUUAUCUCCUGCUCUGUUAAUAGCUUGCUAGACCCUGCAGAAGUCGCCUGUAUGUAUAUAAUUCAAGUUCAAUUUACAGAGCAGGAGAUAAAAACUGUUAAAGUAAGUUACACCUGACUUAAAAAUGACACCAUUUUGUUUUCAUGCAGGCUGUGUCAGUCACAGCCAGGAUUGAAGAAUAAGCAGAUGCAUGAUCUAUACACCCAAACUGCUUCAUUAAGCUUAAGUUAUUUUGGUGACUAUAGUAACCCUUUUGAGAGGGGGGACCAAUCAAGUGUAAUAUGCCUUAUUGGUUAUUGUGGAGUAGUUACCCCGCCCCCACUCCCCUCUCAAUGCGCUGUGAAAAAACAGGAUUUACUUGAUUGCUCUUCCGCGUCUCUCCUGACCUCACUGGGGCGUGCGUGGUCCAAUCUCAGGCUUCUCAUACAGAUUAGGGAUCGACCAAUAUUUUUUUUUUUUUUAGAGCCGAUAAUCUGAACUUUCAGCUCGAUAGCCCAUAACUUACUGACAUUCUGUACAUUUACCGUUUUGAAAAAAUAAACUAUUUCUCAAGGUAAAUGCACUAAAUAUACAUGCCACAUGUAGUGGAUGCAGUGUGUUUAGACAGGGGAGCUGUGUGUGUGUGUGUGUGUGUGUGUAUGUGUGUAUAUAUAUAUAUAUAUGUAUGUAUGUAUGUAUGUAUGUAUGUAUGUAUGUAUGUAUAUGUAUAUAUAUGUAUAUGUAGAGUGUUUUUGUAGUGUGUAUAGUGAAUGCAGUGAGUGGUUUUUUUGUGUAGCAUGAAUGUAGUGUGUGUUACUGUAGGUAUGUAAUUUGGGGGGAGAGAUAUUUUUAUUUAACUUUUUUUUAUAUAUAUAUAUAUAUAUAUAUAUAUAUAUAUAUAUAAGUCCCUCCCCCUCCCUGACUUUUAUUUGGGCGGGGGGUGGGGGAAAUAUGGUUUUCCCUGGUGGUCCUGUGGCAUGGACUGUGCAGUGGGGCCCACAGCAGCAAGUUCUUACUUGCCUUCCCAGCAGCUCCCUUUCUAACUCUUGCAGCCUGUGUGCCGCGCUGAGUGUUGCCAUGGUAACCUGUGGCAACGCUCUGACUGCUGCGGGAUUCGCAAGAUUUACUCAGGGGAGCUGAAAGGAGCUGCUGGGAAGGUAAGAGCUUGCUGCGGGCCGCCCCAGGACUGCCGGGCUUGUAAUGGGCCCGGCAGUCCUGGUAUGUAUUAUUGGCAAUAUCGGUAUCUCUAUAGGCUUAUACCGACAUUGCUGAAAAUACCGAAUAUCGGCUGAUCAUAUCGGCGAGAGCGAUAAUCGGUCGAUCCCUAAAAUGCACUACACGCAGACACACACUGCAUAUACUACAUGCACUACACAGACACACUGUGUACUACACACAGACACUGCAUCCAUUACACUUCACACACUACACUGCGCACACUAUACUACAUCCACACAGACUGUAUCCACUAUACACAUGGAUACAAUGCAACAUACACACUGCAUCUCUUUCCUAAAUGUGUGCCAGGCUGGGGGAGGGAGAGCGCAGCAUUUGAUCCUUUGACCCAGGCACCACAAUUUCUUGGGCCUGGCGUUCUGCUGCUGGAGGUGUUAUUCCAUCUCCGCCAGCCUUCAGUAGUCAGCCUGGAAUAAGAGUUAGGCUUGAUAAAGGUUCAGUCUGUGUCCCGAGACAUAUCUGUACCUUGUUCCUAAGUAAGGUCUACUUUUGGAUACUAACCUGUGUGCCCAGGCUGUUUGUACAAAUCUGGAAUGCUGGGGAUCUGCCUUCACUUCCAGGAAAUGCUAAGGUUUUUUUAAUUUUAUUUUAGCAUGUUUAUUCUUAUCUGGACUUUUGUGGAAUGACAGUUACAGCUGACUAAUGUUAAUUCUGUGCAUAUACUUUGCACGUAGGUUAAUUUACUGGUGGAGAACACUUGGCUGACGCUUACUACAUAUAUGUUUAUUCUGAAUACAUUAUAAGUAUUAGCAAUUUUAUAGCAACUUUAAUGAUGCAUAUAACUGGUGUAAAGGCAUACAUGUGAUUUCCUAUGCCAAAAUGUAGCCUGUUCCAAACGCUCACCCACAUAUCAAUCCAGAAGGCAUACGUUGUAGUAAAUAAUUUUAUAAAGCACAUAUUCUGCAAUGCAGUGGUGUACAGUGGAAUAAACACAGAUCAGUCUAAUAACAUGUCAAGCUCUACACAACUCUCCAGAGUACAGUAACAUUGGGAAUACAAAGUGUUUUUUUUUUUGUUUGUUUGUUUUUUUUCUUUCUUCAUAUGUUAAAAUAUGUACGCCAUUCUGUAUGUGGCAUUAUCUUUUAUCAAUUCUAAUGCGCCAACAAAUUCCGCAGCGCUAUGCAAUAGGUGGACUAACAGACCAGCAUUGCAACAAGACGAGGUGGACGCACAGGAACAGAGCGGGUCGAGGGCUCUGCUAAAACGUGCUAGAACAGUGGGUAUAUCGCUUUUAGACGUUUAGUUUUAUGUGUGUCUUCGCAACUAUGAAAAAUUUGUAACAGAUUUAUGUAACCCUAUUAGGAAUUCUGCACAGCAUCUGGUGUUGGUCAAAGUCCUGUGAAUUUUUUUUUUUUUUUUAUUUGCUAUUUUUUUUUUUCCCCUCUACUCCUUUCCCCUUCUAUCUGUAUGGUCUGUAGAUCUUCACUCUCAGAUGACAAUUUGCUUUUGGCCUAUAGAGAGAGAGUGUGUGUGUGUGUGUGUGUGUGUGUGUGUAGUUCUAGAAUGACUUUGCAGUUCUCUGUGAGGCCUAAGCUUCUUUCUCCUAUCCGCUGACUGCAGUGCUAAUGUUUACUACAUUCUGAACCUGACCAUUUGUAUCCAAUCUGGCUGCAAUAUCAAUAUGGCUGAAAUUUGAAAUGCUUAUAUUGCAUGACAAUGGUAUUUAGGGAAUAUUAACUUUUUACACACAGUGAUUUUAUCACAAAUCUCUGCCCUUGUUUUUAAUAAUUUUGGGUUUUCAUAAAACCCCAUCGUUGCUAUUGUGUAUAGGUCAGUUGUGACAGACCAGUAGAUUUAUUUUAUUUUUCUUCAAGUUCAACUGGUGCUCCCUCAAUACUGCUAAUCUCUCAUCUUCUGGCGAUGGCAUGGUCCAACUAAUGCUUCUCAUACAGGAACAUUGGGGACCUAAUGCACAUGCGUGGCGAGUGCUUCACGCAUUUACACUUUUCACAUGGAAAGCAUUAAAUAAAUUAUUUUGUAUAGGACUUCUGCAUUGGGUGACUGUCUUUUACUCAGUCAGUGCUGCAUGAGCUCCUCCAGUGGCUGUCAGUGUAACAGUCAUUGGAGGUUUGUUUAACCCUUCCAAGUAAACGGUUUUAACUUGAAGGGUUAAAUUAACAGAACACACUGCACACAGCUCACUUCACUGAGAUGACGUGGCCUGUGUUAAGUGUUGUCCUUUAACAAUCUCUUCAGCCAUUGCGCAGUCAGAGCUGCUGCUUCAUGAUUAGCACAUGCACUGUCCAUUGGCAGAGCCUGCACUACAUGACCGCACAAGGAGCUUAAGGACUCCUCAAGAGUCCCUGAGAAGCUCCUUCUCAUGCAAGCUGCCUUAAGGGGAGAAUGCUGAUGUUACGUCAGUAACCUCUCUGCAAGAUUUCCACUUCCCAAACAGGCCUAGCUGCUGCUGCUCAGAAGAAUCAUACGGUGGCAGUGAGAGUUUCUGUAGAAGCCGUAGGAUAGCCAAUCCGCACAAAUAAUCAAGGGAACACUUUCCUGCCACAGACCCAAACAGACACACAGGUGGUGAAUAAAUGGAGAAAUUAGAUUGGGUUUUGUUGCCUAAUUGAGAUUGUCUUGUACAGACAAAGGUUACAGGUAGUUGUAUUCCAAAAGAGGGUCACCUAUUAUUUGCUCAUUUAAAUGUUUUGGGGUUUUUUCCCCUUCAAUUUUUUGGAUAUUGCAACUAGCUUAGAUGAGCAUGGGUCUGUGAUAGGAAUUAAUAGUGUCUCUGUAAGAUACACAGAAUUGUAGAAGUUAGGGGUCUAUUCACUAAGCUGUGAGUUGAGCUUAGUAUACCUUUGUGAAGCACCAUUUACUGUUUAGUAAAUCUCUCAUACAUUUCUCUCGUUUCACACUGUAGAAGCUAAAUAUUUGUCUACAAAUUUCAGAUUGUGUGUGAAAACGGGUUGUAUUUUGUCCAGUGAAUGCAGGGGUGUGUGUUUGUGCAAUGUCUGUGCAUGUAAAUAAAGACAUACAUAUGGGUUGAUGGUCUGUACAUAUUAAUAUUAUACCGCAAACUUUAUUCUGCAGUACUGAACAAUAUUAUAAAGGGGGAAAUUUAAUUAUAAAGGAGACAAUUACAAACUUGGAGGAUCUUGGAAUUUUAUGUGGCGUGUUAGUGUGUGAAUAUGUAAGUGUAUGUUGUGUGUAGAAUUUAUGUACUUGCAACACUACAAUUUCAUUGCACUCACAUGGCAGUGGCCUCUAAUAAGAAUUUCCGCCUGUCAUCUGGCCCUAUCACUAAAAAUGUUAUCCCAGAGCCCCUUACUAUAACCUUAGAGCUCUGUAUGAUUGCAGCAUGAGAGCAAAACCUCCCUCUUGUGCUUCAGCUCCUGCAUGCCGUCGCUGCCGAUAUCUAUGUGAUCAGUCCUGGGAAGAUGGCACAGUGCUGAUCACUGUCGUAGGAAGGCAUGUAAGGCAACCUGGGGGGUGUCCUUCUGUCUGGGGCAAGCCCAGAAUCCUUCAGAAUUCCCAUAUAAUCUUCUUGGCAGAACGCGAUUGUUCAGCCGCAGUGAUUUAAAGGGCUAUAUGCAGUGUUUACUUUGAGCACCGUGUACAACUCAUCGCUUAGUUUGGGGCCACUAAAUAUGGCCAUUGUACUUGAUUAAUGGGUCUCCCCGGUGUGAACAGUGCUAUACGCCUGCUUGCACCAAAAUGAAAGCACAGGCUUUAAACUCCAUUAUUUUGGGGUUUGCCUAUCUGUGGGAAUGCGGUUAACCCCACUCCUCAUUGCAGUUGAAAUCCGCUGUGCAGCCACUUGUAAAAUAAAAUGUUUUUCCAAUCACGCUGUGAUAAGUGUGGUGUUCAAUGGCACACUCUCCAGGGCUGCAUUUCCACUAUCCAGUAGCUAUCUAGGGGCAAGUGAGAAUCUGAACAACGUAAUACCAUAGCUACAUGUAAGGAAUACAAAACUAACUGGAUACAGCCAAAAAAGGUACACUGAAGUACAGGGGGGUAACCCCUAGUGGAAAUAAGCAGUAAACGAGAGAGUAAUGUACCUGCAAACUGGGAGGAAAUAGCGUAUGCCUAUACUACAUAAUAACCAGAAGGAAUAUGAAGAUAAAAGGCACGAGUAAAAAGGUCAAAAAAGAAUUUAUGGUAUACUGAAUAGUAUCGAAAAGAAUAUAAAAUAACAAUAACCCAAAAGUGCUAUAACAAAAAAUCCACUAAAAACAAAAACGAUACAAUGUUAAUUAACUUGAAUAGACUCUAAUGUCUUAAAUGGUAUAGAAGUAAGCGACCGCACACGUCUGUGCUGCUUGGGAAAACUUUUGAUAGUAUACAGCAUUUAUACGCUUGCAGGCUCCAUUACUAUAUAUGUAGAACUGUGUCUUUAUCAUUAGGCAUUAUACACACUAUACCUACCUAACAAUCGUGUUAGGACCUGCGAUUUCCAUCUUGACAAUCGCAGACUGGUCUUUGAGCCAUCUGUCUAGUACAUUUUCUGCACUUAGAUCAUUCGUUUAUAUUCCAUCACUCUCCCAUAAUUACGACUAUCACCAGCUAAACGUCUUUCCCAAGCAGCACAGACGUUUCUGCAAAUAGCACUAUUGAGUAAAACACUUAUCAACUUUUUAUUUUUUAUUUUUUUGUCUCCAGAAUGUUAUUGUUUUAAAUAAUUGAUUUAUUUAGUGAGUAGGUAUUAGUGAGGUCGAAGAAUAAAAUUUUCAAUUAAGAAAAAUAAACACUGCGGUCUAAUAACACAUUAAAAUAAUCAGAAACUUGGUAAUGAUUCUCAGAUGUUAUCUUUAGUACUAUUGUUUUGAAUUUAAAACUUUCUAAGGCAAAAGUUUAGAAUUCAAAAAUGUGUAAAAUUUGAAUUUAUAUAUAUAUAUAUAUAUAUAUAUAUAUAUAUAUAUAUAUAUAUAUAUAUAUAUAUAUAUAUAUAUAUAUAUAUAUAUAUAUAUAUAUACACACAAUACACAAGAUCCAGCGCACUCACCUAUCCACUAAACAGCAACUUCAAUGUUGAAAGAUUUUAUUUGUUUUUUUAAAAAACACCUAAUCUAGGCAAAAAUAAUGGGGGUUUAGUUACAUUAUAUGAUCAUACAUUGCAUAAGCCUGCCACAACGUCAAUGUACCCCAUCUUUGGCAGGUCCUACACUAACAGCCUAAUGUCUGCUCUUAUGAGAUUAACCACUUACUUGAGGAAAAAAAAGCCAUCUGGGGCUCUCUGCAGUUCAAGGCUAAAUAGGGCCCUGGGAUGAGGCACCUGUGACAGGGAGGGGUGCAAAACCAAGGAGUUGGCUAGACUCCCAAAUAUAUACAUAUGAAACAAGGGGGGUUGGCUGCACUCACCUGAAAUAAUAUGUGUGUGUGUAUACAUAUAUAAUAUGUGUGUGUGUGUAUAUAUAUAUAUAUAUAUAUAUAUAUAUAUAUAUAUAUAUAUAUAUAUAUAUAUAUAUAUAUAUAUAUAUAAUAUUUUUUUUUAAGCGCAUGUGUCAUAACCUCCCAAUGGUUUCCUAUGGGAAAGCAUUUGAUUGGCCUAAACCUUGCUCAUCUUGACCAUGGAGGCGAGGAUAGCCGCUGCAAGACCGACACGGUGUGGGAAAAAGGUCCAUAAAAACACCAUUCCCAUGGGGGCCAGUCACCUAAACGAGCACACUCACUGAAAGACUUGUGCACACACAUUCUCUCACAGGUUAUUUGUUUCAGUUCCACCCAAUUUCCCUACCUUUGGGAGAGCUGGAGUGGACCAGCCUUUGUUCUGAUCCAGCGGGGUUGCUGUCCUUAAAGCUUGCUCUGAUCCCUCGCGUGCUGUUUAGUUAUGCCGGGACUGGAGUGACGUCAUAUUCCGGCUCUGGACAUUUCUGGUGGGCGUGCAAGGAAUCCGAGCAGGAAGAUUAUAGCUGUCUCUGCACCGCACUCCCUGCCUCCACGGGAACAGGCUGAAAAAACGCAUGCGCCAGGACAGAAUUCCUAGUCGCCAGGGCGACCUGACAUCUGGUAUUUGUCGAGCCCUGACUUAAAGGACACUACAGGGUAGGGAAUACAAACAUGUAUUCCUGACACUCUACAGGCAUACCCUGCUUUAUAUACACCCACUUUAAGUACAUGCGCGAGUACAGACAUUCCCGUGAGUGAACAGGAAAUGGGAGGUUCUAUUCUCGGCCAGAGCAGCUCAGUUCAGUGUCUUUUGGGCAAGAACUUUCCACACCUUCUUUUGACAUGGCACAAGUUAAUCGUCUCAAAUUUAUAAUGUCUACUCCUAGGGAUCGACCGAUAUUGAGGUGUGUAUAUAUAUAUAUAUAUAUUUUUUUUUUUUUAAGCUGAUACUGAUAAUCUGUGAACUAUAGAGAGUGAGUGUGUUUGUGUAGUGUGUGUGUAUAGUGAAUGCAGAGUGAGUGUGUUUGUGUAGUGUGUGUGUGUAUUGUGAUUUGUGUAAAAUGAGAGAGGCAUUUUUUUAGUUUAAUAUUUAAAUUUUUGUAUUUUUUUAGUAUAGUAUUCCCUGGUGGUCCGGUGGCUUGUUAAGUACAGGGGGGCCCGCAGGAAGCUGUUACCUUCCCAGCAGCUCCCUGUCUAACUCUCGCAGCCCUUAGUGCCGCGCGGAGCGUUGCCAUGGUAACCCGUGGCAACGCUCUGCGGCCACGGGUCUCGCAAGAUUUAGACAGGGAGCUCCUGGGAAGGUAAGUGAGUGCUUCUUGCGGGCCCCCUCAGGACCGCCGGGCUUGUAAUGGCCCAGCGGUCCUAGGAGGUAUUAUCGGUAUCUAAAUUGGCCAAUACCGAUAUUACGGGGGGGAUUUUUUUUUUUUUCCUGCCCCUACAUUGUCCAUAGUCUUCAAUCGGCUGCUAUCCAGUGAAAGGGUUUACCCUACCAUUUUCUAUAACUAUGACUUAUCAGCUUAGCUGCAUUAGCCACAAUUCUACGGAUUCAAAGUUAAAACAUAAAUGCUUAAAGUGAUGAAGAGGUGUUUAUAAACAAAGUGUGCAACUAAGCUGCUAAUAAAUACAAAUUGGCAGAAAAUGGCACAGUGGGCAGGUUUCUUUUAAUUUUCCUCCCAGUUUAAGGUUGUCAAAUGAGUAAAACUUUAAAGAUAAAUGGUACAAUCUGGAAAAAAAAAAGGUGUUGCUUCAUUUUAAGUACAUUUUUGUUUUACAUACACGCUCUGGUCCCAGUGUGUACCUUAAAGUGGGGUAUGCCUGUAGUCCUCAAGUAGCUGUUUGACCGUCUGUGGGUUUGUUUUGGUUAUAUAUAUAUUUUUUUUUUUAUUGUUUGGCUUAAACCAACCAAUCAGUGCUCUGAGUCAAAUUGCAGACUUUUUUUUUUUGUUUGUUUUUUUGUUUUUUUGCUUGGGUUUAUUUUAUAAGUUCAGCGAAAAUUAUGGAUUUUUAUUUGGCAUUUUUUGGGGGCUGAAAAAAUGUUUUAGAAAAAAAAACAUCAAAUGAUAGGUAUUUUUUUUAUUUAUUUACAGAUAUUUAAUUUUCUAAGAUAAGCAAAGAACAUAUUUUGAAAGGGGAAGAGGAAACAAUAGGAGUAUGUAAGUUUGAGGUCAUAGAGCCACUUUUGAGUAUGUGGCCAAUAGGACCAAUUAAAAGCAAAGGUUAGCUAGAAAUGGUUAUUUUUAAGAUUUGUUUGGUUUAGAAGUUGCAGAUUUAGGCACUAAAAGCCUUAUAGUCCAUAUGAGUAAUUAUUCUUAUUUUAUUAUAUAGCACCAGCAAAUUCCUUAGUGUUGUACAAUGGGUGGACUAACAGACGUGUAAUUGCGUCCAGUUGUCUGGUUACAUAGGAACAGAAGGAUUGAGGGCCCUGCUCAAUGAGCUUACAUGCUAGGAGUGUGGGGUAUUGUGACACAAAGGGUAUAAGUAGGGGUAAUGAAAUGGGUUGCUAGAAAAGUAUUCACUGAGAACUUAGUAGGUUAUUUUUGACAGUUGCAGGAAAAGAAUCAUGGGGGGCAGGGGGGUGAAAACCUGUUAACAGUUUAAUUGAUAUGCUUUCCUGAAGUGAGUUUUCAAAGAUUUUUUUAAUUUAUUUAUUUAUUUGAAAGAAUAAAGACUGGGUGACAGUCUAAAGGAGAAGGGAAGGGAGUUCCACAGAAAAUGUGUGAUCAGAACUGAUUUUGUUAUAUACGUCCGGAAAUAAAUAGGUGAUAAAAUUAUUGCAAUAUGCAUUGUCUCAAGUUUAAUAAGUUGAUCACAUCUAUUUUGGAGAAUUUAUAUUUCAUUUUAUUUUACUGAAAUUAUAUAUGGCACACACAUUCAUGUAUUUGCUUAAACAUUUAUGCUUAUUAACUGUAGUGGUUAAAUAAGUCAUUUAAAAAUAUAGUCUCCAAAGCUGGGUGAUGCACAUCUGGCUUGGUAUGCCAAUCCUGCUGAUCAUUCAUUGGCCGAAAGUGUCGGCUGAAUGCUCUCAGCCAAUAAAUGGCUCUGUCCAACGAAUAUGCACAGAAUGUACGUAUCCCAACUGACAUAACCAUCCAAUUAUGAUGCUGUUAGAGGUGGAGUUCAGUAUAAAAUAUCUAUGCAGAGUUUCAUAUUUUUAUAGCUGCACAGCAUAUAGGCACCAUAACCACUUAAGAUUACUCAAGUUGUUCUGGCUGUGGAGUAGCCAUGUUUUAAAGUAAGCCGCUCAUUGUGUAUACAUAGAUUUGCAGAAAUAGCCAUGGUUAUACAGUAUUUUUCUGAAGUGUGUGUGUGUGUGUGUGUUGUUUUUUUUUGUGUUUUUUUUUUUCUGGGAAAAAGUUAGUUAUCUACAGACACAAGUUAAAGGAACAUUAUAGGUUCACCAGAACAACUACUGCUUAUUGUAUUUGUUCUGGUGAGUAGAAUCAUUCCCUUCAGGCUUCUUGCAGUAAACACUGUCUUUUCAGAGAAAAUGCAGUGCUUACAUUAUAGCAUAGUGAAAACUCCACUCCUUAGAUGGCUGCUAGAGGGGUUUCCUUUGGCAGUGCUGCAGAGUAAGCAGCACUGCCAUUCAGUGUCUCCACCCUCUGCAUGCAGACACUGAACUUUCCUCAUAGAGAUUCAUUGCUUCAAUUAAUCUCUAAUGAGGAUAUGCUGAUUGGCCAGGGCUGUGUUUGACAUGUGCUGGAUCUGCCCCCUUGACAGUCUCGGACAAUCCUAUGGGGAAGCGUUGUAAUUGGCUCAGACCACCACUACUGAUGAUGUCAGCAGACAGAAGGCAGGCCAGAGGAAGACUGGGCAGAGCCAGCAGCUGUGUACUUGAAUACAAGUAAGAUUUUACUAUAUUUAGGGAGAGCCAGGGGGGGCUAGAUGGUGGGUUUUAACACUAUAGGGUCAGGACAGGGCUCGACAAAUACCAGGUUGCCAUGGCUACUGGGAUUUGCUGGGCCAUUUAGCCCCCAAGGUGGUUGGUUGCCUAUGAGUGCAGGCGGACGGCCGGCUCAUAAAGAGCAUGGGCUUACGAGCGGUCUGACGGUCAGCUCAGGAAGAGCAUGGCCAUGCAAUCUGUCAGCCUGCUGAGGGAGCGGAUGGCAGUGUAUGCGGUCGGCCGCACCGGCCAGCUGAGAGAGGCGGGAGGCUUCUGGAAGAUUGAGCCAAAUGGGCAGGUGCGCGAAGGAGCUGUAACCUCCCUGCUCUGCUCCCUCGUGCACACUCUAGUGAUGCCAGGAGCCCGAAUAUGUCAUUCCUGACCCGGCAUCACUAAACAACGUUCUAUGGAGCAGAGCAGGGAGAUGGCUGAAGCCUCACCGGACAAUAGGGAAUGCCGAACCACUCAAGCUCUGCUUAGACCUGUGUAUUUUAUUCACUAAAUAAAUCAGAAAGCAAAAUCUGAGGCCAAAAUAGCUGAUCUAGAAAACUACUCCAACUCUGCUGAAGUCACUACAAGAUAUAAUUUUUUUUUUUAGGAUUUAAUGUGCAGAAAUUGAGUUUAGUGUUCCACCCUCUGUCUUCCCACAUAGUGUGUGUUUUGGCUAGGUGUAAUAUGUGUUAUUUGCUGACUGUACAUGGUGUGGGUGUGGGAGCUGGCUGUCUGUGCCAAAUCAGUAAUAAACUUUAUCAGGUACCAAUACAUGGAGCACAUGCCUCAGACUCCAAUCUCUGUUAUUUCUCUCUGUUCCGGGACUCGCUGUGUCUGAGUGCAUGCUGAAACUGAGUACGCUGGAAUUGCUGAUUGAUCAUAUGAGGUCUGCAAAUGCUGAAAGUACAGCGCUCACACACCAUGACACAAACCGUGUCUAAAGGAACACUCCAUUGCAAAAUUUGUAGUGUCCAUUAACCUUUGGAAAGUAAAAGUUUACAGGUGGUGAGUAUGCAGUGGCGAGUAACUUUUAAGGUCUGACUGGUAGCAUAGAACUUCAGAUUUUAAACCCUAUUGUGUGUAUUCUAUCACCUGGAAAGAUGCAUAUUUUCUCAUUUAGGCUAUAUGGAACACUAGCAGGCAAUAGCUUCGUGUCUUGUAACUGCGGCAACUGCAAGCUCUCGUCCCUGGCACAACUAAAAAUCUCAUUGAGAAACCCUUGUUUCUCAAUGUUUACACAUGGCUGUAGUACAGCUCAUUAUUAGCAGAUGUCCUCUGGCUGACAGUCUGCUGCUUAUUGGAGAUAAUGGAAGCAAAGAAUACCUAUCUGACUUUCUGACAGACGGGAAGAGGUUUAAUCACUAACUUAUAAAAGUGCUGGUGCACGAGCCCAUUACACAAGAUAACUUUAUUUGUUUUAGAGUGUUCCUUUCCUGGUAACAUUCUAAAAUAUUAUUGUUAAAUUAUGUUUUAAAAAAGUUCCAACAUUUGUAUACUAUUGUGCAACAUUUUCAGCAGGGCUGUACUACUAUAGAAUGGGGCUAUUUGUCAAGAAAUUGGCAUCCAAAAUAAUAUUGACAGAUGAGUUAACGAAGGCCCUUCUUGGACACGUUUAUAAUCUAGGCAUAGCCAUAGGCAACCUUUGGUACUCUAGAUGUUUUGGACGACACUUCGACAUGAUGCUUUGCCAGCACUAUGGGUGUUAGAGCAUUGUGGGUGAUGUAGUCCACAACAUCUGGAGUGCCAAAGGCUGUCUACCUCUAGAAGCACUACUUCACAAUAUUACUCAUGUAUUACUAAUCUAUUUCUAUUUUUUCCUUCUUGUAAAAUAUUGCAACAAAAAGAGUGUUUCCAGUAACAACAAAAAAAGUUCCACAGUUAAAUGGAGUAAUUAAUGCAUCUUGUUUUUUUGUAUAAAUAUAAAAAUCAGGAUGUGUAAUGUGAUGCACACAAUUAGAGGGAGCAAUCUUACCAUGAAGCAUGGUUUGAGAAUUCGGGAUUAUUCUAGCUUUAGUGACUGAAUAAUCUAAAUUUUAUUAAAGACAGGAGGUGAAUAUUUGCUUUAACCUUCUUUACUGAACCUCCCAGCAGCAAAGAAAUAGUAAAACAUAUAGAGAAAAAAAAUCAACCAGUCAGGACACAUAUAGAGCAUAACAGUCUGUCAGGCUACUCCCAAAUCCUCUUUCUGAUGCAGCCAAUCAUAAGUGUAGUCAACCAUGUAAAACUUGAGUGAUCAAUCAACCAUGUAAACCAGAACGCAUACUAGAGACCAAUGGAACAUAGUCUUCGUGGCUCAUGCAGAGAAACUUCACACUAAAAAGACAGAGAAAGAUCGUGAAAGUAUGGUAACUUGGACUGGGUGUCUGCAAGAUAUCUACAUACACAGAUCUACCCCAUCGAUAUUACAAAAUCUGAAAUAGUCAGAACCAGGUAGAUUAAUAAGCACCUAACCAGAGCAAACGGAAAACAGACAGAUUACUAUAAAGUCGCACAAGAAACCUAGAAAAAAUUAAGAGUAUAUGUGACCAGAAAAAAAAUCUGGGGUGGGAUACCAAUAGGGUGGGAAAAUAUUUGCCUCCUGUCUUUAAUAAAAUUUAGAUUAUUCAGUCACUAAAGCUAGAAUAAUACAGAAUUUUAUGUUGAAACCAAAGAGAGAGAGAAGCAUGGGACGAUUGUCGAAAAUAAAAGGUACGGAAGGUAGAUUCUCUAGACCAAUCCGCGCAUGAUAGGAUGUCUGCAAGGGAUCCCCCAGCCAUAAAGGCGGAAGAGGCGGCAGCACCUCUGACAGAAUGAGCUCCAAAAGAGGAAACUAUGCCCGCCAGAUUGAGAAGCCAUUUAAUCCAGUGGGCAAUCAUGGGACAAGACACUGGCUUGUGUGGUCGCACAUCUGAGAUAAACAGGGGGCCCGUAGAGGUGAUGUAGAGGCGACGUAGUGUUGGACACAACGAGCAACGCAGAGAGACGGUCUGUCAGAAAAGCAAGGGUAAGUAAUCGUUAAGGAAUUAGUUUUAGUGCGGCAAGAAAUGUUGAAACGUACACCUUGGUGGGUGACAUCAAUAGCGUGAAAGUCAAAUGCCUCAAUAUCCGACACUCCUCUAAAAUAAACUAAGCAGAAAAGAAGAAGCUAAUUUGGCCGACAGUUGUCAUAGAGAGAGUGCUUCGUUGGGUGGCCAAGCCUCAAGGAAGGACAAAUCAAGACCAACAUCCCAAAAAAUUUGAAUAUUUUGGGACAGGAGGUCGAGCAAGACAAAUGCCACGCAACAGUCUACAAAUUGAGGGGUGUUUACCUAUUGCUGUAUUGUCAAUGGGGCCGUGAGCUGCCGAAUUUGCUGAACGAAACACAUUAAUGGAUCUGUAGGAUUUACCUUGAUCAAAAAGAGCGGACAGAAAAUUCAUAACGUUAAUCAAAGAAGCUGAAACUGGAUCAGUACUCCUUUCCAAACACCAGCGAUGCCAAGCUAGCCAGGCUGAGAGGUAAGGAGCUGCGAAGAUCGCCUGUAUCGAGGCGGAGAUUAUGCGAGCUAAGUCGCGAAGACUGAUAGUCGAAGAGGCUAGAAUUUUUAUGAUGUAUUUUUUUUGAUGUUCUUGAUCUUUACUGAAGGGAGUUGUAGGAUAGCCAAAACGGAAUCUAUUUGGAAUCCGAGGAAUUGAACCAUUUGAGACGGGGUUUGGACUGAUUUUUGGGCAUUGAUCACGAACCCCAAGUUUUGUAACCGAGCUGUGGUCAUGUCUGUAUGGAGGCGUAGAGUGCCUGGGUCCUGAGCCAUAAGGAGGAGAUCUUCCAGAUAUAUGAUGGAGCGAAUCCCCUGAGAGCAUAGCAAGGCCAUGACCGGUUUCUGUGAAACACCAAGGUGUGGAACAGAGUCCAAAGGGGAGGCAUGUGAACUGCCAUAAGUAUUGAUGCCAUCUGAACUGUAGGAAACAGCGAUGGGCCGGUGUUAUAGGAACCGUGAGGUAAGCAUCUUUCAAGUCCAAACGGGAAUAGGAACUUGAGAAUAAGCAAAGUCUAUUAACUGAAGCAGUGCGGCCCCGGAGGGAAGCAUAUCCACGUCCUCUGAUGGAACGUCUAGAGGGAAAGAACUGCUUGUGGUAGAAACGGGUAUUGCCCGAAUUCCAUGAGUCUGCUGGUUAAGGCCUGUAGCCUGUGAAGGCAGCUCUGCCAGUCGUUCGGCCCCUGAAGUGACCAGCUCUCCCGGAAAAACGCUGGGGUCUGAACACCCUGCGAAGGUUCCAUUGUGCCUUGUUGAGGGAGGUAAACACGGAUACGUGUUUUAUUCAGGUCCCGUAUGAACCUGUCCCCAAAUAAGUCUGUUAGCCUCUGGACCAAGUUCUUUGGUGCCUAGUUCUGCCAAUUUGGCGUCAAUUUUAUAUGAUACUGCUUUACGCCGUUCAACGGAAAUAGCUACAUUGGCGUUGCCCUACAGGCAUAACACUCUUUGUGCCCAUUCACGCACCAUGUGUGCGUCAAAAUUGCCACCUGCUAGCGUCUCGUCAGCGAUUUUUAUAAAAAUCUGGAUAAGCGGGCCUGCUAUAUCCAUCAGCUUGUCCUGGGUGGCUUUUAAGCCAACUUCGAUUCCUUUGCAGGGAUCUUUACCCAUCUUAGUCAGAAACGUGACCAGGAGUGGGUAAAGUUCAGGGGUGACAGCCACCUUAUCAGGGAUUAUAGGCAGUGGACAUUCCGCUCUUAAUUUGGCUCUAAUCUCCUUUCCUAAAGGUUUACAAAGCCAUAAUCUGCAAUAUUUGGCAAUGUGAUCAGGGGGUGUCCAUUCCGCUGAAUGAGGGUGUCUGAUGCAGCGUGGGGCAAAUAGAGGACAGCCAUUGGUAUCCAGUAGGAUAUCGUCCUUUAUUAUCUAAAUUAGUAGUGGACAUAGGAUCAGUGUCCUGAAAGGACUGGUUUUCGGGUCUCCGUAACAAAUUCAGAAGAGGAAGGGUCACCUGGGAGAUCCUCACCUGGAUAUGCAUUGUAUUUGUCUAUCACUUGUAGGUGAUAGCCAGAGGUUGAACCCUUUAAGGGAUCAGAUUCUGAAGUAAAAGUGGGUUUGGCAUGAGACAAUUUAGCUGUCUUUGCUGGGGUUUUAUCUUUUGCCAGCAAAAGCACUGUUACCCUUCCAAGGGCGCUUACGUGGGGCUUCGUCAUCAUGGUCAGAGACCCUGGAAUCAGAGUCUGACAAGUGCGUGAUGGUGGCAGUAGUGGCUGUCUGGUCCCGAAACGUUGCCAAAGCUUUGGGGAUAGAGUCUGCAAUUGCAGCUUGAAGCCAGGCUUUUAAUUCUGCUGACAUUGCAGGUUCUGGUUGGUCCGACAUGAUGACCAGUAAAAUAGUAGUGGGUUCACCACAGAAUCAGUAUACCAACAGGUAUUUUAAACUUUUUUUUUUUUUUUUUUUUUAAUAUAUAAAAAAUAAAAAUAAAUAAGCAAGGCACUCCUCCUUUACAAACCUAUAGAAAAUAUGUAAAUGCCUAGGUGCAAUCCCGUGUUGCAUAUAUCAAAAAACAAAAUAAAGGGAGCACACUAGGUCUUCAGUAUAGUGAGACAAAAUUAUUUAAUGUAUCAAAAAUACAUGAAUCUGUGGCAAGCACAAAAAUCGACGUUUCGACCCGCCUGGGGUCUUUAUCAAGAUCAGUGACACAAACACAACAAUUUCAAUAUAUAGGUAAUUAUAAAAUAAGCUUACCAAUAGAGUGAUCGGACAGCCGGCAGACUGAGGAACCCGGAAGUGAACGAGCCACGUGAGAAACGUUCGUGUGACGUAAGUAACGGGGUUGCUAAGCAACCCAGCUUACACAAAUAAAUAAACACACAAAGCUGAAUACUAACUGAGGUCAUUAAAAACCUAAACCGGGUAUAACAGAUGGAGGAACAAAUAUCUCCAACAUAACCCUGUGUAUAUCAGAUCAAACUACUCACCAACCGUGCCAAGUGACCUAGGUGCAGUCCUGAUAUAUAGUGCAACUAAGAUACACGUAUCGUGCAACUAUGUGAAAAAAAGGGGUGUAGAAGUUCUGUGUAUAUACUAUAGGUUAGAGGAGUAAGACAUCACAGGCUUAAUAAUGAAAUACUAAGUAUUAAGUAUAAUUCCCUAGAUUAACAAUAAAGCAUCUAAAUCAUAAAGUACUACUAUAUAUCAUUUCCUUAUAAUCUAAUUACACUGGAGGCAAAGCCUAUAGCAUUAAAUAUCAUUCAGGAUUUUACUGAUUCCGCUUUGUUAAAUUCUCGCAUAAUCUAUAAUAUAUAAAGAAAAGAGGAACCAGAAAAGAGUUUAGCCAAGACAUCGCUGUGUAUAUUCAGACAAUAUAAAUAAUAAUCACUAGGCAUAAUAUAAACACGCCCUAUAAAAAAUACAAAAUUAGAAAACCAAACUCAAUGGUUAAAGAAACAUCGAUAGGACUAAAUUUUCAUUAAGUCCUUUGGGAGUCACUGUAUUCAAAUGGUAGAUCCAGUAAGCUUCACGCUGUAGCAGUAAUUUGGAUCUAUCACCUCCUCGCGGUUGAGCAGGUACGUGAUCAAUGGCUAUGAAACGGAGAGUAGGCAGAUGAUGUUGCAUUGCAAGAAAAUGUUUAGCGACCGGUUUAUCGGUUCUUUGAUCUCUAAAUGUGGUUACAAUUCAAGAUCGAUGUCCUCUAAUUCGAUCCCUCAACGUCAUGUCGGUCUUACCGACAUAUGCAAGUCCACAUGGACAUAUAAUCAUGUAGAUAACAUGUGUUGUCAUACAUGAAAUAUAAUGUUUUAAUCGGAAAUCUUUUCCCACUGUGUGGGUGGGCGAAUGUGGGUCCUGUCAGCAUAUGGCUACAUGUAACGCAUCCACUGCAUUUGUAACAGCCUUUUUUCUUGAUUUUGGACAAUUUGGCACAACCAUGCCGUGGAUCAUUUUUUACCAGCAGGUCUUGCAGAUUACGGUUGCGUCUAUAGCUAAUAAUUGGACACAAUUUAAACCUAUUGGGGAGGUUCUGAUCACUCUGAAAGAUAUUCCAGUGUUUAUGUAUGGACUUUUUAAUCUGUAGCAUGGCUGUAUUAAAUGUAAGGGGAAGGAAAAUACUCUUCUUGAUAUUAGAAUCCGUUUUGUGGGUUUGGUUAAAUUUAUUCCAAGCUUUCUUUCUUGCAAUAUCAAGAAUCCGAGGAUGUAAACCUCUUGCCAGAAAACGGUCCCAAACCUCUUGGAGUUGCUGGUCACGUUUAACCAUAUUGCUGUUAUAUCUCAUAACUCUUUGAAAUUGUGAGAUAGGCAGGGAGUCUUUAAUGUGUUGAGGAUGAAAGCUAGUAGCUGACAGUAAAGUAUUGCGAUCAGUAAUUUUUCGAAAUAAGGUGAAACCUAAAUGAUUCUCUUCCCUAUAUACAGUAACAUCCAAAAAUUAAAUCCUGGUGUUAUGCCAGUUAAGUGUCAAAACUACUGGAAUUGGUAAGGAAUUAAUAUAGUUAACCAUCUCUUCAAGGUCGGUUAUUGUUCCCUCCCAGAUCAUGAAAAUGUCGUCCACAUACCUAAGAUAUUUAAUUAUGUGUUGUUGGAAUUCAGGUAGAAUAUGUUUGUUCUCAAACCAGUACAUAAAACAAUUGGUGUAAGCUGGUGCCAUGGCUGCACCCAUGGCAGUGCCAGAAAUUUGUAAAUAGAAUUGAUCUUCAAAUUUAAAGUAAUUACAGGUUAAAGCAAUAUCCAACCAUUCCAUCAGAUAUGGGAUGUGUGGGCCAUUAUACAUGUCAUCAUUUAUCAAAAUUUCAGUUAUUGCCUCAAUGGCUUCCUUUUUUGGUAUUAUUGUAUAGAGGCUUUGGACAUCCAUUGUAGCCAGAAUAAUCUCUUUAUCAGCAAGAUCUACAUUCUGUAUCUGACUGAUAAAGUGUUGCGUAUCCAGUAGGCAUGUGGAGAGUUUUCUCACAAUGUUGUUAAUAUAGUGAUCAAUAUAUUGCGCAAUCUGCUCCAACAGUCCCUCCUUUGCAGACACAAUUGGGCGGCCUGGCGGAUGUUCCAAAUUUUGGCGUAUCUUUUUUUGUGUAUCACAAAUUUUGUUGCACUCACUGCGUAUUACACUGCUGGCCUGGUGCUAAUCCGCAAAAACAUAGAAAGGUAAAGUAGCACUCCUCGGUCUUUCUUGUAAGUAAAAAAUAGCUUUUAUUGCUCCAAAUUAAAAGAUCAACGUUUCAGUCUGCUGCUGCUGUCCUGAUGAAAGUUUGCAGCAGCAGACCGAAAUGUUGAUCUUUUAAUUUGGAGCAAUAAAAGCUAUUUUUUUACUUACAAGAAAGACCGAGGAGUGCUAUCUAAUAUUAAUAUAUAUAUAUAUAUAUAUAUAUAUAUAUAUAUAUAUAUAUAUAUAUAUAUAUAUAUAUAUAUAUAUAUAUAUAUAUAUAUAUAUAUAUAUAUAUAUAUAUAUUAAACAAACUAGUCACAAACAAAGCAAAAGCAGGUGCUUUCUUAUUGGGGUUCACCCAGACAAUAUCCCCUUUUAAGGGGACUCAGUGGGGUUCAUCCACAGUUAUGGCAGUUAAACUGUCAAUAUAAUAAUGACAGGGGUAACCUGUGUAAUCAAUAAAAAUAUAAGGGGUUCACCCGGAGAUGAGGCAAGAGGGGGUCACCCUCUAAUAGGCAUGGAGCUGUUUUGUAUAGUUUGAGGGCAAUCUGAAAAAACAAAAAAAACAAAUAGGCUAUGAUAAGCAAGUGUUCUGUAAUUGUUUAAAGGACCACUAUAGUGCCCUGAGGGUGCCCCCACCCUCAGGGUCCCCCUCCCGCCGAGCUCUAGGGGGAGGAAGUGGUUAAACUUACCUCUUUCUCCAGCGCCGGACGGGGAGCUCUUCUCCUCGGCUGAAUGCGCAUGCACAGCAAGAGCCGCGCGCGCAUUCAACCAGUCUCAUAGGAAAGCAUUCACAAUGCUUUCCUAUGGACGCUGGCAUCUCCUCACUGAUUUUCACAGUGAGAAGCACGCAAGCGCCUCUAGCGGCUGUCAAUGAGACAGCCACUAGAGGCUGGAUUAACCCUAAUAUAAACAGUUUCUCUGAAACUGCUAUGUUGAUAGAAAAAAAGGUUAACCCCAGCUGGACCUGGCACCCAGACCACUUCAUUAAGCUGAAGUGGUCUGGGUGCCUAUAGUGGUCCUUUUAACAGUAACCACAAAAUGUACCAGCAGGGGGCAAUGAAUACUCACAGUUUAACAGAGCUGCAAUCCAGUAGCGGAGAGCAGUUCCUGAAAAGCGCGCAAACGGGAAAUCUAACCGCCGAACAGAAGAUGGCCGCCGACAGGAACUGCAUGUCAAUCAAUGACGCGAAAAAAUGGGCGGUACAGAAAUAGAUCGCGGGCGUCAUCAAAACGGUGAUGAUUAGUAAGGUUUUACUUUAGAAAAAAACUAGUCAGAGAUAAAUAAAGUCACAGGGAAGGGACUGGACAGUGGGCUGACCUGAGAAAGAUCGAUGUUAUAAAGGGCAGAGAUAAAAUAAACACACACAUUACCUCAUGGGAGUAAAACAGACAGGGAAAGUUAAUUAAAGGAGUCAAAAAAAAUCUAUGGAAAAAACAAAAUAAGGCAGGUCAAUAUAUAUUAGAGAGCUAUAAUUGGAAUAGACUCACCUGGAAGGCAAGCAGCAAAGAAAGAGGAUUUGGGAGGAGCCUGACAGACCGUUAUGCUCUAAUGUGUCCUGAUUGGUUGAUUUUUUUUUUUUUUAUUAUUUAUUUAUUUUUUUUCUAUAUCUUUAACUAUUUCUUUGCUGCUGGGAGGUUCAGUAAAGAUGGUUAAAGCUAAUAUGAAGCCGCCUGUCUUGCCAUAAAAUUACUCUUCCUCACAUAAACAUGCAUGAUAUGCUUGAUCUACCAGCUGAAAGGAGGUCAAACUUCAAUUAAGUAGUAUCCACAAACUUUGGUUCCAACAGUAUCCAUAUCUGAGACAUACGGAGUGGUGUGUGUGUGAGCUUUCUAAGUAAAGUGGUCAUGUAUGUAUUGCCCAACAAUUAAGUAAUUGGGGCUUGUUUUAUACAUCUACAUUUUUGGUUUUUAUGCAGGAAGGUAAUUUUAGAGUAGUUACUUGAAGGCAAAAUCUGUUCUCUGCAAUUGUUUUAGUUCUGUUUAUUUGCAUAUUAGAAGAUACUGCAUACUCUAAGACAGGGAUAGGCAAUCUUCGGCACUUCUGAUGGUGUGGACUACAUCUCCCAUCAAGCUCUUACAGCUAUGAUGCUGGCUAAUCCUAAUGGGAGAUGUACUCCACAACAUCUGGAGUGCUGAAGGGUGCUACCUCUUGCUCUAGGACUGAUCUAUAAGAAUACAAUGUAAAACAAAACUGACCUGUGAAUCUUGCUAGAAAGUCAGUGAGAUGGCUUCAUGCAGUAUCUCUAGUACUUGUUGGAAUACCAGGCUCAGCUCAACCUCAUGUCCUUCUAAGGUAUAUCAUCCCCAGGUAAUAAAGUUGAUAUUGCAGGGUGUUGUUGAUAUUGAGGAGCUCACUAGAAAAUGUGUGCUCAAGGGGUGUACCAGAGUUUGCCCAUGUCAGCCAUGUCAGACUGUCCUUCUCAUCCUUACUUUUAAAUUGGGUUGUCUCCAGAGUUCUAAAUAUAUGGAAAGCUCCAGUACGUAAAGGCAAUUUAUUUUUAUUUUUUGGGGGUUGAUGCAUUUUCAGUAGUACAUAAAAUGGCUAGACAAGUUAAAGGGUUAGUCCAACUUCUUUUCUUUUCUUUCUUUUUUUUAUUUUUUAUUUUGUUUGACCAAGCUUUCCUAUGUAAAAUAGCCUAUAGACCACUCUUAAAUUGGUCCCCCUCAUAUCUUGCAGUAAAAUCGGUUUUAAGUUUACUUGGAAUCCAGGGGCAGACAAGGUGGCUUGAACGUCUCAAUCCAACAUCAUCUAGCGAUUCGAGCAGUCCAAAGGUGUCUCAAAAAGUUAAUAUAUCUCAUACUUGCACUUAACUCCUACCACCAUGACCACUUCUAAAAGCAGAAGUGGUCAUGGUUGUUUGUUUCCCUUUAAUUGUACUACGGAAUUUGCUGGCGCUAUAUAAAUAAUGUCUUGGGACGUCUACACUGACUUUGCUAGAUUUUUCAAUUGUGCAUGCACAAAUGAGUCUCGUAUGUGCAAUUCAACAUUCCACUAUACCAAUGGAUGGAACAAGUAAUUGGGUCAUGGAAAGUGCAACAAGAACGUGGUAAAUAUGAAGAAAAAGCUCCUGUUUACCUUGUUUUUCUGCCUGCAGAAUGAGACCACUAUAGCUUGUGAAUGAUUUGUCUUAAAGUCGUGAGAAAAAUGCCUCUGGUGACUGACUGUCCGACAGCCACGAAAGGGAUGUUCUUAGCCAAAUGUAAACAUAGUAAUUUUUUUAGAAACCGCAAUGUUUUACGUUCGUCGCGAGACAAAAACAAUGUUUCAGCACCAAAAACACCACAUAAAAAUGUAUGUGUUUUGGUGCUUCAUGUUCCCUGUGUGUGUGUGUAUGUAUGUAUGUAUGUAUGUAUGAACUGAACUCAAAGAUCUAAGACUUUUUCUAUGUACACAAAAGACCUAUUUCUCUCAACUAGUGUUCACAAAUCUGUCUAAAUCUGUGUUAGUGAGCACUUCUCUUUUGCCGAGAUCCAUCCACCUCACAGGUGUGGCAUAUCAAGAUGCUGAUUAAACAGUAUGAUUAUUGCAAAGGUGUGCCUUAGGCUGGCCACAACAAAAUGUGCAGUUUUAUCACACAGCACAAUGCCACAGAUGUCAUAAGUUUUGAGGAAGCGUGCAAUUGGCAUGCUGACUGCAGGAAUGUCCACCAGAGCUGUUGCCUGUGAAUUGAAUGCUCAUUUCUCUACCAUAAGCUGUCUUCAGAGGUGUCAUGCCAAAAGCAUGAGUUGGUGUUUGAUAUGUGUUGAUAUAUGUUGAGUUGUUUUUGUUUUUUGUUUUUUUUUGUAAACCUUGGGAUGACGUUUAUUGUGGUCUUUGAUCUGGCACCAGGCUUAGAGCCAUCACCAGAGCUGGACACAAGGAACUGCAUAGAGUGGGCAAUAAACUGCCAGACCAACCCCCUCUGAUUUCCCCCCCCCCCCAGGGGUCUGCCCACUGAGAAACAACUAGUUUUGAUAGAUUAAUGAGGGCACUUAGCACUGUGAAUCUUUUUUUGUCAGAUUAAAUGUUUACUUAAUCAGCUUGUGUCUCUGUUCUCUAUGAGCUUCACUCUCCAGAGGAAAGCUCAGGUAAACACGUUACCAAAAAGGGUUAACUAUAUGUGUUUGAUCAGUAAAAGUAGAACUGUGAUACUAUAAUUCUCCUGUGUGUGGGGUAACCUAAGACGCCCGGGUUUAAAAGUCUUAGUGGUGGCAGUAAAGUGUGUACUAAGGGGGUUAGUAUAGAAGGGAUUGCAGGGGUUAAUUGAGUGGUUGCUGGGACUAGCAACAGGUAACCAAGGGUCUGGUGUCAUUAACCCUGUCACUUCCACACUGUCCCCACUGUCUCGGCUAGGCCUAUAGCCCACGCUCGUGACGAGGCAUUUCAGAGAAUUUGGCAGUACAUCCAACAGGACUCACAACCGUAGACCACGUGUAACCACACCAGCCCAGGACAGCUGGGGCCACAAUCUGUUUGCAUAACCAAAUAAUUUCUGCAGAAACUGUCUCAGGGAAGCUCAUCUGCAUGCUUGUCGUCCUCAUCGGGGUCUCGACCUGACAGUUCGUUGUCGUAACCGACUUCAGUGGGCAAAUGCUCAUAUUCUAUGGUGUCUGGCACUUUGGAGAGGUGUUCUCUUCACGGAUGAAUCACGGUUUUCACUGUACAGGGCAGGUGGCAGACAGUGUAUGGCGUUGUGUGGGUGAGUGGUUUGCUGAUGUCAGCGUUGUGGAUAGUGGCCCAUGGUGGGGUUAUGUUAUGGGCAGGCGUAUGUUAUGGACCACGAACACAGGUGCAUUUAUUGAUGGCAUUUUGAAAUGCAAAGAGAUACCAUGACGAGAUCCUGAGGCCCAUUGUGCCAUUCAUCCACGACCAUCAUGUCAUGUUGCAGCAUGAUCAUGCACGGCCCCAUGUUGCAAGGAUCUGUACACAAUUCCUAGAAGCUGAAAACACCCCAGUUCUUGCAUGGCCAGUAUACAAUCCGGACAUGUCACCCAUUGAGCGUGUUUGGGAUGCUCUGGAUCAGCAUAUACGACAGCGUGUUCCAGGUCCUGCCAAUAUCAAGCAACUUCGCACAACCAUUGAAGGAGUUGGCCAACAUUCCACAGGUCACAAUUAACAACCUGAUCAACUCCUAUGCCAAGGAGAUGUGUUGCACUGCAUGAGGCAAAUGGUGGUCACCCCAGAUACGGACUGGUUUUUGGACCCCCCCCUGCCGGAACCUGCCACUACAGUAAAACUGCACAUUUUAGAGUGGCCUUUUAUUGUGGCCAGCCUAAGGCACACCUUUGCUAUAAUUAUGCUGUCUAAUCAGCAUCUUGAUAUGCCACACCCGUGAGGUGGAUGGAUUAUCUCGGCAAAAGAGAAGUGCUCACUAACACAGAUUUAGACAGAUUUGUGAACACUAGUUGAGAGAAAUACGUCUUUUGUGUACAUAGAUCUUUGAGUUCAGUUAAUCAAAAAUAGGGGCAAAAACAAGUGUGUUGCGUUUCGAAUUUUGUUCAGUGUAUGUAUAGAAGUGUGUGUGAUCUGUAAUAUAAUGUGCCUCAUGGGUUGUAACUGGCUCUGCCUCCUUGACUUUAUGAUGAUCUCAGCCAAUCCAAUGCUUUUUGCAUAGGGAGGCCAUAAUGCAUGUGUGGCAAAAUGCCUCCGGGCACCAAUCCACAUCUCCUCCUAGAGAUUCAUUGAAUCAAUGCAUCGAUAUGGGGAAAGUUACGCGCCUCCAUGCACAGUGUGGAGACACUCAAUGUCAGUGCUGCACAUUGUACAGCACUUGCCUAGAAAGCACCUCUGGUGGCAGUCUGAGUGACUGCUACUAGAGGUGUUCCUAAGCAUUAAUGUAAACACUCCCAUUAACGGGACACUAUAGGCUCAGCUCAUUGAAGUAGUCUGCCUGCAGUGUCCCAGGCCCCUUAAUCCUGCUAAGGUAAUUAUUGCUGCUUUUAAGAAACUGGAAUUAAUUACUUUUCAUGCUUAACUUCACCUCUAGUGGCUGUCUACCAGACAGCCACUAGUGGGACUUCCGAGCUGUUAGGUGACUUUUGGUUGUUUUAACUGACGCUGGAUGUUCUCACGCUAUGCAUAAAGACUUCCAGUGUCAUCCAAAACACCAUAAGAAAGCAUUAUCCUAUGGGGAAAUCCUAAUGUGGCCAUUGCCUCACAUACGCAUUGGGUCUCCCCCACCGACUGAUGGUGGGGGAGGAGUGAGGGCGGACCCGAGCCAGCGCUGAGGGACAAAGGUAAGUGACAGGUUUUUUUUUUUGUUAACCAAUUUUGCACCACGAGAUGGGUCCGCAAGGGAGAGGAAGCUAUAGCGCAAGGAAAAAAGUGUUUUCCUGGCACUAUAGUUUCCCUUUAAGAUAUAGUUGUUCUGGUGACUAUUGUGUCCCUUUAAGUGUAUGUGUGUUUUUCAUGAGAAAUUGUAUCUUGUGUUGUAAUGUUUGCAUGUCUGAUGAUUGUUAUAGGGAUGCUCUAUGCAUCAAAACUUUAAACCACAAAUGUCACAUUAUACCCCUGCAGUCUCAAUUCUGAUAUUUGAGUUAAAUCACUUUUGCUUUUAUUUAUGCAGUUGUGGCCACACCUCACCUUGCUAUGACUCACACAGUACAUGGAGGGCCAAUGCUUCAUUUUUCAGUUCAAUAUUACAGCACAGUGUGUGUGUGUUUUUUUUAUUUUUUUUUAUUUAGACGUUCUAAACUCCUGUCCUGUUAGUUCAACUUUAAUAUCUCAUUGGAAGCAUUGUAGGUUCAGAGGAUUUUGUGAAUCCCUGCCAGGGGAAUCCCUGAACAGAUGAAAAAAUGCACAAUUAAAUGCAUGCAAGUUUUCAUUUGGGGUGUAUUUAUAUCUACUUAACAGUGAAUUUUAGUUUAUAUUUAGGCUGUGGAGUGUCCAUUUAAAGGAACACUGGGAAUGCAAACUUGUUAUGGAGCCAAAUGCUAUAGUGCCCCUUCCCCUAGCUCUUUAUAUGUCUCUUACUGCAAACUUCUCCACUACUCACACAUUUGUGGUUAAAAAUUAAGCAAAGGAUUUGCUUACCGUGUGGGUAUAGGAAAGGUUUGAAUCAAUGCUUUCCUUUAGUGUGUGUUUUUUUUUAUUUAUUUUUUAUAUAUAUAUAUAUAUAUUUUUUAUUUUUUAUUUUUUUAAAGCAGUGUUUUACUUUGCACAGUGAAAAUGACCGGACCACGGCACUCGGGUCACUUCUUGGAGAUGAAGAGGCCUGUGUGACUUUACUAGCCCUGUAAAUGAAUAUACAGAUCCUCACACAAGUACUUGCUGAGGUGUUUAUUCACUGAUUAGUGAGAAAUCAUCUAAAUCUUAUUGUGGGGUGGUGGGUUUUAGUUCACACCAUAACAUCGUUUAGAAGACCUGUAAGUGUACGGUAACUGAACAUAUGUCUGUUUCUGGAGAAAUUAUGAGGGAACAUUGCAUGUAUUUGCUUGCUUAUAUAUGUAAAUGUGCCUUUAUAUUUGUGUAUGAGUUAAUGUGCAUGUAUUUGUGUGUGUGUGUAUAUAAAGUGUACAUAUAUAUGGGUCUAUGUAUGUGUAGGUACAUGUAUUGGUGAUUGUGUGUGGAUGGAUGUGUAGGUGUGCAUGUACAUAUAUUUGGGCAUUUGGUUGUAUUUAUAUGUAGUAUGUACUUGCAUACUUGUACAUAUGCACUACUUGUGUAUAUGUACGUGACUGUGAGUGUGUCUGUGUAUGCUGGAUAUAGGCCUUCAUGCAUAUCCUGUAACAUUUGGAUGGGAAUUCAUGCAUUCUUUAUAUUAAUACUCCCCCUUUCUCGCACCAUCUUCUGCACUUGGCUUUUUUUUCUCUCCUCUCCCUCACUCUGUGAUCUUCACACAAUAGAUUUAUGACCCUCUGUGAGAAUGGUGUCUAUUUUCUAUCAAACUUGUGUAUUAUCUGCACUCAUGUCACUUUUACCCCUGUAUCACAACUCAACUUUGAAUUCUAUGUGUCGUCUUGCUCAGAAAUGCUUCAGACUUGAGAAAGGGAGGUUCUCCCGAAAGUUUAUUAAAAAAUUCUGUUAGUCUAUUACAAGAUACGAAUUUUAUCUGUUUUAUUGUGUUUUUUUUUUUUUUACAUCUACAUCACUAGACUAACACGGCUACAAUCUCUACUUGAACUAGCUAGCCCAAGUACAUUUGCAGGGCAUUUUGAACAGGACCUUCCAAUUGGAACUUUACAGUAUAUGGUAUACAGCAUGUUGCUUGGAAAUAAGUUAAGAGGGGGGCCAGGGGUCUCCAUUACCCUAAGGAAAGCAGUGCUGUUACAAUAAACCAUGAUGUGCCAAAUACUGGAAUAUACAUUUUUGUAUCCUGAACCAGUGGUUAAAAUCUACCGUCCUUAAAGGCUACCUGUUGAUAUACCCAUCUGUUGUUAAGUAUCAAUUAACUGUAUUUUCUUCUUCUGCUUGUAGCCUGCAGAAAUAGACGUGCUGAUAGGAAAAGACAGAGAAGGAUUUUUUACCAAUGGCUUAACUGUGGGCGGAAAGAAAUGCUCUGUGAUCAGAGACAGCUUGUAUAUCGAUAAUGACUUCACAAUGGACAUCAGGACAAAGAGUCAAGGUGGCGAACCAACAUACAACAUUGCUGUAGGAAGAGCUGUAAGAGGUAAGCAACAUGUAGAGGGCAAUAUUUAUUAUUUUCGACACUUUUAGAUUUUUUUCUUUUUGGUUAAUAUUCAUUGGUUUAGAAGGUUUCAGUUAACAGACUGUCUGCCACUGUUUUAUAUUAAAGGUCUCGGUAUCAUAAUAUAUCACAAUUAAAUGGUUACACUGGUGUGGUCUUACCUCAAGGUGUUUAACCAUUAACUGUUUAACAAAAACAGAGAAUAUGAGAACUCUGAGAACGAACAAAAGCUUAGAGGAACUCCGUAGCUUGCCUUUCCAUAAAUCCCCGCUCAGGUCUCAAAAUAGUUUUUGCUCACUUGUGCCAUUGCAGAGAGAACCAGAACUAAUCUCAUCCAUAAGGGAAGUCCAGAACUGAAAUGCUGGCAAUUUCUUUUCAAAUAUUUUUUCUUUUUCUUUUCAAAUAUGCUGGCAAUUUCUCUCUGCACAAGAGAUACAGCAACCCCAGACAAUCGUUACGGCCUUCUUUGGGCCUAGUCAGCGAGGUAUAUCCGAUACUCCUCUAAGCACAGGGAAAACAGGGUCCACGUUUGGAUUACCAUUUUAAUCUUUGGGAGAGCCAAGUUAAUGCAUUGCAACAAAAACAGAAAAUAUGAGCAUGAACAAAAGCUUAGAGGGACUCCGUAGCUUCCCCUCGAUAAAUCCCUGCUUUUCAAUCAGAUGUUACUUUAGACCAGGGGUCCUCAAACUGUGGCCCUUCAGAUGUUGCUGAAUUACAACUCCCAUGAUUCUCUGGCUAUCUAUGUAGUUCAAAGAAUCAUGGGAGUUGUAGUUCCGCAACAUCUGGAGGGCCACAAUUUGAGGACCCCUGCUUUAGACAUUUGUAUAUUGAACUUUAAUCACACAUAGGAGUCUCCUGCAGGAUCUAGCAUGCUAUUCACAGACCGGAGAUAAGAAAUUCUUAAUUAAACAGAAUUUGAAAUAAAGUGUAAACAUUAGAUGACUCUUUACAGGAAGUGUUGUUUAAGAAGGCUGUGUAAGUCACUUGGAGGGAGGUGUGACUAGGGCUGUAUAAACAAAGCGCUAUAACUCCUAAAUGGGCAGAGAAUUGAGGAAUGAGUUUGCAGGGGCAUGAUCUAUCCACCAAAACUGCUUCAUGAGCUAAAGUUGCUUGGAUGACUAAAGAGUCCCUUUUAAAAUGCUAACUAGAACUCGUAAAUGCCAGAAGUUAAUUAACUUUGUCAUGUCAGGUGUGUGUCAUGGGAUCUUCUGACAUCACACAUGUGCUACUAAAGAAUUUUUAAGAAAAUAUAAAAAAAAAAUAUAUAUAUAUUUUAUUAAUAUAAUCCUCCUCUUUUCUCUCCUUGUUCUCUAAAUUAUCACUAUAGUAUAUUUCUCCUGAAACAAAUCUAAUUGAACUAUACCUGCACUAGCACCACUGCCAAUCAAGUUGGUCUGUGAGUGUUGCACUAAUGUAGCACUUAACCCCUAUCCUAUAAAAUAUAUCUUUACGUGAAGCUGAAUUUAAUGACCAAUUUCGCACCUUUCCUAUAUUCACUCAGCAAGAUGUGCUUCUCAGAGGUAUAUUCACAGCAACUACUGAGCAACCACCUAGGAGGGUUCUCCUGCUCUCUACUUUCACUAUGUUAUCUACAUUGAUGCAGUGCUGUUGGAAUAACCCUCUCUACCUAGAAACUGAUUGACAGGGAAUAUAACUUUUUUUUUUUUUUUUUUACUUUUUAUUGAAAAACUAGACAUGUGAAUUUCCAUUAUGUAAGUUAAUUUAAAGAUGUGAGUGAAAGUACAACUUAAAGUAACUUCUGUCUUUCACGUUUAUUUACUAUUAUUUUACUGAAUUGCCUGGAUUUCAAAGUGUGGUUGCACAUUUUAGACCUAAACGGUUGAACUGGAAGCAUAGCUGACUGUACAAAUUUAAAAUGCCUUCUCCCAGGGCUGUAAUUCAAUUGUAGCUUCACAACAGCGUGUAUUCAAAGAAAAAGAUGCAUUAUUUUGAGGUUGAAUAGAGCAGGUUCCCUGCGAAUUGAAAGGCACCACAGUCGCCCAUUUUACACAGGUAGGAAGGUAUAAACGGAUGCUAUGAUUUCUUAAGUAGGCUAGCUCACUUCUCAAGCAUGUGCAGCUGCUGCUUUACCCAGUCCUAGCACAAUAAAGCUCUUUGUUUCAGUCUAAAAUUACAUUGGAACGUGUAAUAUGUAAAGGUCAUGUUGUCUAUUGUUGUUUGGGGCAUAUAAUUAAAACUCAGAUCACUUGUUAAAUUUGGUAACUCUUUCUAAAAGGUCUUAUUGAAGACAAAGUAGAGCAAUUACAUAGCCACAGGUUUUCUAUAUAAUAGGAAAUGCUGGCCUUUUGGUCUUUGACAUGACAGAGCAUUACAAGAUUGUUUGUUUAGUUAAUGUAUAUCUUUUAGUUACUUUCCAACAAAAUCUUCAUAGACUUGAAAUAGGCAGUAUAUUUUAUAAAACAUGUAGGAACACCAAUUGGCAAAAAAAAGUAAAGUAAAGGUUUUUUUUUUUUUUAAAUAAGACCCUUACUUUCAUAAUUCUGGCUUCUUGUGCCUAUCCAUAGACAUAUUAUUAGCCAGGUAUUGACUUGGCCAGUUUGUCAGAAGCCUCUCUUUCUGAUAUAUGGAGUCUGAAUUUUUGGAUAGGUUUUAAACCAGUAUUGUACAAGCUGACAUGCAGAUAGGGCAUUGGAUGUUUUAAAGCAAUAAUAAAGCUGUAUUCCGAACGUAGCAGUGUACCUUUUACUGUAUGGCAGUGCCCCCAGCCACUAGAAUGUGUCUUAAUCCUGCAAUGUAAAUAUUUCAGUUUCUCUGAAACGGCAGGGUUAAGGGGACAGGUGCACUUAAUUUGGGCAAUUUAAAUGAGAGGAAGUGCUCUGGCUGCUGACAGUGUCCCUUAACUAUUUGCAGACCUUAGGAAUGUAUCCUUUCAUUAGACUACAGACCCAUAAAUGUUACAUGGCCUUACUGUCUGCCUAGCCAAAUGGUGUUCAGGGCCGGCGCGUCCAUAAGGCGGCACAGGCGGCCGCCUUAGGGCGCACGGGCUCUGGGGGCGCAAUAUUUCAGUGACCGGCAGGAGGGAAGCUCUCCCUCCUGCACAGGCCACCAUCUCGACCCCCGGCGCGGCAGUGCUGUGAUCAGGCGCGGCGAGGGAGCUCUAAUCUCCACCCUCUGCUCCCUCGCGCGCUGCCUACUGAUGCCGCGGGAGCCGGAAUAUGACGUCAUCAGUAGGCAGCCCGCGAGGGAGCAGAGGGUGGAGAUUAGAGCUCCCUCGCCGCGCCUGGUCACAGCACUGCCGCACGCCUCUCAGCAGCCCCAGCCCUCAGGGACCGAUCCAUCAUCCACACCAGCUCUCCAGGUAGGGAGGCUGGGUGGAAAAUGUGUAUUAAUAAACUAAUUAGUGAAUGUAUGUGAUGUGUGUCUGUGAGUGACAGUGUGUGUGUGUGUGUCUGUGAGUGACAGUGUGUGUCUGUGAGUGACAGUGUGUGUGUGUCUGUGAGUGACAGUGUGUGUGUGUCUGUGAGUGACUCUGUGUGUGUGUCUGUGAGUGACUCUGUGUGUGUGUCUGUGAGUGACAGUGUGUAUGUGUGUGUCUGAGUGACUGAGCGUGUGUGUGAGUGAGUGAGUGUGUCUGAGUGAUUGUAUGAGUGUGUGCAUGUGAGUGUAUGAGUGUGUGUCUGUCAAAUCAGUGAGAGUAUGUUGGUCAUUGAGUCUGUGUGUGACUAUCAGUGUGUCUUUCAAUGAGUGUCAAUCAGUGUGGGUCUGUCAGUGUCAAUGAAUGAGUGUGUCAGAUCAAUGAGUCUGUGUCUGUCAGCGACGUCUGUGUGUUUGUUUGUCAUUGAGUGUGUGACUGUCAGUGUGUACAGAGUGUAGUGGAGCAGAGCGCGGUACAGGAGCUUCUGUUUCCUGUACCUGGCCAGACUGACAGGAGGUGCUCACAGAGAGAGCUCUCCCUGUCAGUCCGGCCGGGUACAGGAAACUGAAGCGCCUUUAGGGAAUCUCCUCCGCUCGGCAAUGCAACAAUAGAGGUAGGAGGCACACCAGGAAGCGGAGUGUGACCACUAAAGGGGUGUGGGGUGCACCAAGGGACAGGAAGGGAAUGGGAGAGAAACUCCAAGAGAAAGGGAAAAAAGGGGGUAGGGGAGAAGAACACUAAGGGAGAGGGAAGGGACCACUAAUGGUUGGGGAGGGGAGAGGGGCUGGUUAAGAGGCACAUAGGUGAAGAUUUUUUGGGGAGGCGGAAAAAUGCAUCUUCACCUAUGUACCUAAAAAUCCAAGCACCGGCCCUGAUGGUGUUACAGGGUUGACAGAUUUCAAAGCUCAGCCUCUGUUUGUGAGGCUAGUACUCUAUCAGCUUCUCUACUUUUGUACUUGAUUACCUAUAUAACGGUUAUUGGUCACUACAUGUUUUAGAGAAAAGGGAACUCUCCUUUACCAGAGUAUAUGACAAUCUCUUGAAACUAAUAAAGAAAUUUAGCUUGCCGGGAAUGUACUCUUCCUGGUUGCUUUGUGCCCUAGUACAAAGUAUAAGUAAAUGCUCUUCAUAGAGAACAAUUGAAUUUGAUGCUUCUCUAGGGGAAGCAUUGGGGGUACAGAGCAGCAAAUGUCAGACAUGCAUUUUAUCUCCAAUGCUUCGUGAGAAUAAUUGGCCCUGCAUUCCUGCCUCUUUCAUUAGCUCUGUGGAGCUAAUAGAUGUGGAAGAAAUCUUCACUGGCUGGCUGACCACCAUGGAGGUGUUUCUGCCACCAUUUAUAGAAGUGCAGAUUGCUCUUUAAAUCAGUGCUUUUAAUAAAUUCUCAAAUAUAGGACAGGCUCCAGAGACCUAAAGCACUUAAGCAACCUGUUGUACUUCAUUCGAGUUAAAAGUAACCAGCAGAAAGGAAAUAUUUUAGAAAUAGUGGUGGGUUUGACUGGGGACGGGGAGGUGGAUUAAGGUUCCGAAAGCUGCCAAACCUUUGUUUGGAAAAAUACAGCUACUUAUUUAAACCAAAGGCUAUUUAGUUUUUGCAAUAUGGAUAGUGGCAUUACUAACGUGUGUGUGUGUGUGUGUAUAAACACAAAGUGACCUUUUUCUGUUUAAAGUGAAGUAUAGCAUUUAGAUGCUCCUUGUCAAUCAUUGCCAUAGAAGUUUCACUUCAGUUUCCAAUAAAAACGUAUACAGAUCAAGAUGGAUCUGUAUAACUUCUCUGAAUUAUUUAUCUAUUUAAAAAAAAAAAAAAAAAAAAUGGUUUUUCAUACAUAAUUUGCUGCUAAAUGUACUAAAGAGUAAAUUCUAUUGAUGACUGCAUGUUUUACUUGAUGUUCCUCCGCAGUAUAUGAUCUAUUUGCAGGUAUUAAAGGAACACUAUACCGUUCGGAAUACAAAACUGUAUUCCUAACCCUAUAGGGAAACACCCACAAUUUGAACAAAGGUAGAAAACCCCCCUUUUUAACACAUCUCGUUUCAGGACUGAGGUCCCUCGGCGCUAGAUCUGUCUCCUCCAGUGAUGUUACACUGAUGGGGAGCCUAAUGCACAUGCCUGGCUAGUGUCGUAUGCGCAUAAGAGCUUCCUCAUAGAAAAUAAUUGAAUUGGUGAUCUCCUAGAUUUUAAAGACAUGGACAUCUUCAUGCAAAGCGUGAGGUUAUCAAACAUCCUUUCUGGGAGUCAAACUUCAUUUAAGUCAAGCAAGCAUCUCUAGUGGCUGUCUAGCUGCUAUCCUCUAGAGUGUGUCUUAACCGUGCAAUGUAAACAUUGCAGUUUCUCUGAAAUGGUAGUAUUUAACAUUGGAGGGUUAAGGGGUAUAGGAGCACUUCCUGAGACCACUUCAAUAAGAUGGAGUGGUCUGGGUAACUAAAGUGUCACUUUACUAUAAAUAUAUGAAAAAGAAGCCGCUUCGUAUAAAUAAUACUAGAAGAAAGCCUAACUUAUUUUAGUUCUAUUUAUAAUUGAAAGUGAUACAGCCAUAGUGUUUAAUGUACAAUAUUCAUGGCUCAAAAAAUAAAAAAAUGUUCUUGCCACCUUCUGGUGUCUGUCAUGGAUAUUUAUAUAUAGUUCUGAGAACUUAUGGAUGCACACAAACCUGUCAGACAUGCACAAAGCGAUCAUCCCAGUAAGGAGAAUUUUCUGCACUGGCAUGUAACCAAUGUCUGCCACUUUUUGCCGUUUCUCUGGUAGUUUUCAAGCCCAAUGAUUUUUACAAGUAACAAAAUGCAGGUAGACCGGGACAGAGGACAUUCUCCAUGCUUCCUGCUUUUUUAAAAUUUAUUUAUUUUUUUUUAUAUAUAUAUUUUUUUUUUUUACGGCAAAUAAAUGCUAUUUAAGGGGAUCUUUGUUAAUUGAGAAAGGCCAGAACGUUGGGAGGGAUAAUCUGCUGUCUGUUACACACAUUAAGUUAAACGUAAUAAGGCCAGAUACAUAGUCUUUUUGAAAAAAAAUGUUUCCCUUUAUUUGUUGAUGGUAUUUUCGUUUAUAGAUUUUGUCUAUUCAUUCACAAUACGUGUUUUGGUUAUUUUUGUCACACUUGCUUAUGUAUUUUUAUUUGGAUAAAAUGCAAUAGAGAACUUUGUCAACGAUUUGUGUAUGCUGUUGUGGAUAUUCUUGAGAUCGGACAGAGCAACUUCUCUGUUUUUAUUGUAUAAGAUUAGAAUAAAAUGCUCCUGAUUGGUGGAGCUUUUUCUUCUGACAGUAACCAUUAUAUGGUUGAAUUCCUACAGAAUGUUUUUUGUGAAUUGUGUAAUUGUACAGACACUGAACAUAAAAUAUACGGUAGUAAGGUGGACAAAUAUCCAAAGGUGUGUGUUUGUUUGUUUUCAGGAUUCAUUCAAAUGCACUUGUACACAAAGUCGGUCUGUUAUACAUUUGCUCAAUAAUACAAAUUACCCGUACAAAUCUGUCCACAUUUGGGGAAGUGUGUCUUUGGUACCAAAAAAGUUUUGCUUUUAUCAAACUGUUCAUAUACAUUUGAUACUCCAUGCACCAUAAAUACUUCAAUAAGCUAUAGUUCUGGUGCUUAGUGUGUUAUGGGGUAUGGUUCUGUGUUAUUGAUGUGUAUUGCAAUUGUUGACUUCUUACAAUUAAGUCUUUUUUUCUUUCUUUUUUUUUUCUUCUCUUUCAGUCUUGGUCUUUGCAAUGGGAAAGGAAGGAGUCCAUGGAGGUGGUUUGAAUAAAAAGGCGUUUGCAAUGGCAAAAUACUUGAGAGAUAUGGGAUUUUAG